UGUUAUUGUUGUCAAAGCAAAAAGAGAUAAUAAUUCCUGGCAUAUGAUUCCAAAAAGAGAUAAUAAUUCCUGGCAAAUGUUAAAUUGCUGUUCAUAUUAAUUUUUAUUUUCACUUAACUCCAUCCACCUUUGAUUGGAUACACUUUCAGAUGCCUUUUGAUUCCUGUGUUUCAAAAUUUCAACCUUUUACAAAUUUGAAUCUCAAUCUUCAGGAAAUAUUUUUAAUUGGUAGCUGCAUGUCCUCAACUUUCAUUUCUUAGAAAUAAGACGGUACUAAAAUUAUUGUCAAUACAAGAAAAAAAUCUUUCACUACACAUCAUUCAAUCAUUUCUAUAACACCCAAACCCAAGAAGAAAACAUUAAGAUAUGCAACACAGCUAAGUCUGUGUUGAUAAAUAAGCUAGAACUGAACAGUGUUGCAGUGUCCCAGCUAUCAUUUUGACAAUGAUAACCUAGAUCUAAUUUAAGUGUGGUACAAACUCAUCAAUGGCAAGGCAUGACGCUGCACUUUUUACAUGUGAUACAGUCUCCUGUCACCAGGGUACCCAAAAAACAAACUAUGAGCUAAACAUUUGCAUUGGUGAGUGCAUGUUGGAUUUAUGUACCAUUCAUGAGUGUGGGAAUUACAAUGUGGAAACUAGCACAAGGUUUCUCCAAGAUUUGAUGUAUUGCACUUUUUGUGUUACAUGUGCAAAGAAUAUGUGGAAGACUUAGCCAAGAUACCCCUGAAUACUUUAAAGGAUAAGAAUGUCAAACUUGUGGUAAUAGGAUGUGCACCAUGGAAAUUUAUCAAGCAUUUCAAACAAGAAACAGGUUACCAGUAUGACAUGUAUUGUGAUCCAGAUAGGAACAUUUACAAGUGUCUCAAAUGCAAGUGCGAAGCCAAUCAUACCAGAAAGGUGGUAAACAAACAUAUCAAGUCUAAUGCUUUAAGUGGAAUACUAAAGAGCACAUGGCGUGCUAUGCAAUUUCCCAAUGAAUGGCAGGGGGAUCCCAGUCAGAUGGGAGCCACAUUCAUCCUCGGGCCAGGUUCAACUGUACACUUUUCACACCUUGAUGGUAACUCGGCAGACCAAGUGGCAAUCAAUGACUUACUGAUAGAGGCAGGCUGUGAUACUGUGGACUUUGAGAAAGACCAAAGAGUUCUACAUGUUUAAGAAUUAGUUGCCAGACAGGAGUCGUGUAAUAAUAAUAAUAAUCUUUAUUGAGAUAUUGCAACCCGAAGGUUGAAGUUAUACAUAUAUAUAUAUA